AUGCAUCCGGAUCGCAUCCUGACGAUUCUUCAGAGGUGUCAGUUGACGCCAGGUUUGGAAGAGUUGAGACUUUGCUUGAAGACUGUCGAUGAGGAGAUUCUAAUGACGAUUUUGUCCCAUGCGGCCACCCUCAAGACUUUGGAUCUAUCUAUUGCACGUUGCGAUCCCCCAGGCGUGGAGUGCAUCCGACUGGUGCUGAUGGCUGGUCAACGACUCGAGAGCUUUUCACUGAAGGUCAUCAGGAUCGUGACAGAGUCCGGUGUCCCAAAGAUGACAUUCAAGCCCAAGACUGUUCUCUCCUGUCUCCUCGUCUCUAAACUCUGGCACCAGACACUACUCCCCGUUCUCUGGCACACGUACACCUGCGAGUGCAUGAGGAGAGCAUCCCGGGAGGUCCUCGACCGCAACAGUACUUAUCUCAGAAUCCUUGACGCCCACAGUGAACUUCCAUCUCCCAUUCAUUGCACCAACCUCGCCGAACUCAGCAUUCUUCAGGGCGUUCUAGACAUGUCUGCGCAGAGACAACUUGUACGCACUAACUCCGGUCUCAAGGUAUUGCGGUGGCAUGGCCCUUACAGGAAAGUGCCGCUGAAUCCACAGGACUUUGUGCACUUGAAGCGGAUCCAGUCCUUGGUCAUCUCUCAUUGGAUUGGAGGAAACGGUGAGCUAACCAGGACCUUAAAAGCAGUCGCAGGAUCGUUAGUCAAGCUUUACUUGGGGUGGAUUGAGGGGAUGCCAAAGCCGAGCCUUGCCGGAGAGGUCUCCGGUGGUGAAUGGGUUGACAAGAAGCACACUGACGAUUUGGUCCUCCCCUACUUGGAAACAUUCACCUCAUCCUGCAAUUGGCCCAAUGGUCCUGACCCGUCCGACCUAGUUCAGAGUUGCCCGAAUCUGAGGAGCUGCGACACGAUCCUCACCGGCGAAAUCGAUGUCAUGAGGCUGUCGAAUACUCUUAUGGACUGCUGCCCAAGACUCGACAACUUGACAGUGCGGGACUAUGCGCAACUUCAUCUUGGCGAGACACUUGUCAGGAAUUUGGGGGGAGGCGGGCCCCGUGGACCCAUACACAGGCUUGUCAGCAUCACUGUCUCUCAAGUACUCAUCACCAAGAGCCUAGUCUCGGCCAUCUUGCUCCACGCACCAACACUGGAGUACUUGACGAUCAUGGUUCAGGAGGUGGACGUGAAUGGAACGGAGGAUUCUGGCAUUACAACUGCGUUUCUGCCACUUGAAGGGUGCCGGCUCCUCAAGUCGUUUUCUUUCUGCAUUUGGAACCGUGCAUCCCGCAGCGCUACCAUAUUGGAAGGACUCCAGCAGGUGCAAACUUGGGGAUGCAGAGGGAUUGAGCAGUUGUUUCUGGACUUUACACCACCUGAGGGGGAGGGCAAGCAGGAAGGCUCAGCGUCGGUGGAAGAUAUUCUCAAGGAUGGUCUUGAUCUGGGCUGGACCCUGUGUCCCAAGCGGCCUGUGAUAACGACCUCGUAUGUGUUGAAGAUGAAGAAGGGCUUUUUCCAGGAUCUUUUUGGGGCGGUUCAAGGAUUGGAGCAAUUGCGGGUUGCGCCGGAUGGCCAUGGGAACUAUGAUGACGAACCUCGCGCGAUCAUAAACUGUAUGCUAGUCUCAAGGCAAUGGUACGACGUUUUGGUUCCCAUCCUCUGGCACACCUACCUCUCGGCUCGGAUCACAGCUACGCCCUUGCAGGUUCUUGGACACUUCCUUUCCCACAUGAGGAUCUUGCAGACAAAUAUGCUCUUCCCUCUCGUCGCCCUCCAGUGUAACCGACUCAUUGAGCUUUCGAUUUUUAUGCGGACCUUCCCUUGA